AAUUUGACAUCACUGCUACGGCGGCUCCCAACCUGACAGAAACGUGCAAACAAAAUAAAUCCGCCAAAUUGUAUCUAUUACCUUCGCAUGUUCGAUGUUUUGUUUUUAAUUGAAUUUGUUAGUUUCGUGCGGUCGUAAAUUAUGUCGAGAGACAUACGUUCAUUUUUCACGGUCGGUGCAAAGAAAGCGCCAACUACGCAGCCGACCAGCGAUUCAAAACAAAAGAAGAAGAAAUCAGUUAUUGAUUCCAGUGAUGAGGAUGAUCCAUCACCUUCAACGAAGAUCGUGAAGUCGGUAAAAACUCCUUCUACUUCGAAUAAGCGUCGCAUCGUUUAUUCGGACGAUGAUGAUAAUAACACACCGAAUCGCAAGAAACCAAAUCUGUCGAAACCGGUUACGUCAAAAGAACAACCAAAAUUGAAGCUUGUGGAAGAUGUAUCCGAUAUGUUCGGAGAUAAACCGGUGAAACGGGUCGACAAGCCAGUGGCCAACAAAACAAUGACAGAGGAGGAAAUAAACAGUCACUUUAUGGAUGACUUAGAUGUUAGCGCUGUUCCUGAUCUGGAUGUGGAUGUCAAUGUGAAUAAAGUAAAUGGGCGACCGAAAGAAGUAGAAUCGAUGGAUGACAGUGUGGUUGAGAGCACUCCGAAAGUAAAUAAGCAGAAGGGACGCACUGACAAGAAGACAUCUGCUAAGAAAGCUUCACUGGACACGAGCGUCCUGAGCGAUGAAGAUCGUCACGAACGAAAGCGACAGGCUGCAAUGCUAUAUCAGCAAUUCAAAAAUAGGAGCGGUCCCUCCUUGCCAGGCAGCAAAGAAAUUCCAAAGGGUAAACCGAAUUGUCUCAAUGGACUCACGUUUGUGCUGACGGGUGUCUAUGAAUCACUAGAACGUGACGAAGCAGCUGAUAUAAUUAAAGAAUACGGGGGCAAAGUUACAACCAGUCUGUCGAAGAAAACAAGUUACAUUGUCGUUGGCGAAGAGGCUGGACUAGCCAAAAUAGCCAAGGCCGAUGAUUUGGGCACAAAGCGUUUAACUGAGGACGGAUUACUUGAUUUGAUUCGGACUAAAUCGGGACUACCGCCGAAAGAAGCUCCAUCUGGCGUUUCUCCAACAAAAGGAGAGAAGUCUACCACAGCUAAAGUGAACUCCACGGACAAGACGCCAUCAAAAACGUCUGCAACACCGAAAGAAAUCAACGACAGCAACAUUUCUCCCAAGAAAAUCAAAGGAGAACGUAAAACUCCGAUGAAGCAACCGAGUUCAUUAACGAUUGGAGAACAGGUCAAAAAGGAGCGUACAACUCCGAAAAAGGAAGGCUCCAGUUCAGGAUCUGUUCCAAGUAAGCGAACUAAAAUCGAAAAGUCUGUCGACAUUGCCGUCGAUCGAAAGCUCAGCGAACAUCAGCUGAACAUAGCCAGUGUUGAUAAUCAAGCAUGGGUUGAGAAAUACAAACCGACAGACAUCAAGCAGAUAAUCGGUCAGCAAGGGGCCGCGAGCAAUGUUGUCAAGCUUCAAAAUUGGUUGAGUAAAUGGUACUCCAAUCACGACGGCAAAAAGAAACUGCAGAAACCUAAUCCGUGGGCCAAAAAUGAUGACGGCAGCUACUACAAAGCGGCACUGUUGUCGGGACCUCCAGGCGUAGGUAAAACAACUACAGCCACUUUGGUAGCGAAGGAACUUGGAUUUUAUACGGUGGAAAUGAACGCGUCAGACACACGAUCCAAACGGCUGCUGAAAGAAGAAGUGUCGGAGCUGUUGUCGAAUAAAUCUCUGGCCGGAUACUUUAAUGGUUCCAGUAGCGCGACAACAAAGAAACACGUACUGCUUAUGGAUGAGGUCGAUGGCAUGGCAGGCAAUGAGGACCGUGGCGGAAUCCAAGAGCUUAUAUCGCUCAUAAAAGAUUCGUCCAUUCCCAUUAUAUGUAUGUGCAACGACCGUAAUCAUCAGAAAAUGCGAUCGCUGGUGAAUUACUGCUACGAUUUACGAUUCAGUCGACCGCGUUUGGAACAAAUUCGGGGCGCGAUGUUGUCAAUUUGUUUCAAAGAAAAAUUCAAACUAACGCCGACAGCCAUCGAUGAAAUCAUUUCCGCUACGAACAAUGACAUUCGUCAAACCAUUAACCAUUUGACGCUAAUGAGUGCCAACAAUUCGAUAACUCUGUCACAGACUAAACAGGAUACGGCAAAGAAAGACAUGAAGCUGGGACCGUGGGAUGUGGUGCGUAAAGUGUUUUCAGCCGACGAACACAAAACCAUGUCAUUUGCUGACAAAGCGGAUCUAUUUUUCAAUGACUACAGCAUGGGACCGUUGUUUGUUCAGCAGAAUUAUUUGAUUGUGGCUCCAAAGGCACCAAAGGCCAGAAUUCCCGCCCAUGUUGCUAUGACGGCUGACAGUUUGAGUCUUGGUGAUCUCGUUGAAAGUCGCAUUCGAUCGAAAAAUGCUUGGUCCAUGUUACCCAUUCAGGCUAUGUACAGUUCCGUACUACCGGGUGAGUACAUGGCCGGAAAUUUUACUGGGCAAAUCAAUUUUCCCGCUUGGCUGGGGAAGUAUUCCAAAUCGACUAAACGGAAACGCAUGGCACAGGAGCUUCAUGAUCACACCAGAAUCCGCACAUCCGGAUCGCGGCUUUCCAUUCGGAUGGACUAUGCUCCAUACUUGAUUGAGAAAAUCGUCAAACCACUGCGGGAUCGAGGCAUGGAAGGUGUUGACGAAGCGUUGGCCGUGCUGAAAGAAUACCGUUUGUUGCGCGAAGACAUUGAUUCGUUGAUUGAGUUGACAACGUGGCCAGGCAAAAAAAAUCCAAUGGACGCGAUUGAGGGAAAAGUCAAGGCAGCUCUCACACGAGCGUACAACAAGGAGGUUACCGCUUAUACGUAUACAGCGACCGCUGCUGUUAAGAAAAAGAAAUCGGAAAAAUCAAACGAUGAAUUUGAGAUUGGAUUUGGGGAAGAAGAAGAUGGAGCCGGUCCGGAUGGAUCUGACGAGGAGGAAAAUGAAAGUGUGGAAAUGGAUGUUCUAAUUAAAGCCAAAAAGAAAUCUACAUCCACGAAAGGUACCGAUGCUACAAGUGGCAGCAAGAAAGCUGGAAAUAACAGUCGCAAAGCGAAGAAGUAGGACUUUUGGUUGAUGUUUCACAGAUAAUUCAGAAGGAAAACGAACUUCACAAUAAAAUUGCUUCGUGCCAAAAUAAGA